AUGGAUUAUUCAGUCCCUGAUCAAUACUAUUCUAACUAUUUAUUCCCCGGCGAAUCGUACAACUUCCCGACCGUGCCCGAGGCAUGCCCAACUGGCAGUGGCAUAGCAAUGUGCAAUGGAGAAAUCUUACCCUUCUUCAAUAACAAUGAAGAACUCAACAUGUUGCCAUUAAUGAGUUCUGAUAUCAGUUCACCAAUUUCCUUGACCGAGCAACUUGGGGUUUCGGACAUGGCUAUGCAGGCAUUGCCAAAAGACUAUACAGGUUUUUGUGAUUUUGGUGCAGCAGGUGGAGCUUUUGAAGCUCGUUACCAACAUGAGCUAUGUGAGUCAUCUGGAUGCAGUGGUUUGAUGCCAAAUUUUUGUCAAGCCUAUCCCGGGGUUGGUGAAAAUUGGGGAAUACAAGGGAAGCCAGCAGCAAAUGUGGAAGAAACCGCAAUGAAAGUUGGGCGAUAUUCAAUUGAAGAAAGGAAGGACAGAAUUCUGAGAUACUUGAAGAAAAGAAACCAAAGGAAUUUCAAUAAAACUAUCAAGUAUGCCUGUCGGAAAACCCUAGCCGACAAGCGCGUCCGAGUACGAGGAAGGUUUGCGAAAAACAAUGAAUCCAGUGAAUACGAAAACGAGAAAAAGACAAGCGAUAAUUAUUGUGAAGAAAAUAAUGCAUCUUACGAUGACUCGAUCCAGAUUAAAUAUGAUGAAGACGAAGAUUUGUUAGAAGCAGCUAUGUCUAGUCUUGUGUAUUUUCCUUACAUAUCCAGCUGA